UUGAAGGUUUCAAAAUUAUGCAAGUUUAAAACAACCUUUGAAAACACCCCACUUAAGAAAAUACCCAAACCCUCUGGUUUUUCUUCUUCUCUUGAAAGACUGCAAGCAUUUUAGUUACUAUGUCUGUUCAGGAGCCAUAUGGAAAAAUCAGUUCUGUCCUGUUAAACUGGUUGCACAGUUUUGAUUUUCAUCUCUCUACAGAGAUCUGAAAAGUCUAUGUUGUUUUAUUUUAUGCUUUUUCCGGCAAAGAAAGCGAGUGGUCUGGGGAGCAUCUGGCCAGGAACACAAGAGUGUUGAAGAUGUCCUGGUUCUGGUUUUACCUGCCUCUCCGUCUUCUCAUGGCGGCUUGCUUGUGUCAUUCCAUAAAAGACCCCACCACCAGUUCCCAACAGAGCUUCAAGACCGAUCUCUUCAAUUUCUACCACUCCCUGAUACUUGCUGAUGGCAAGGAAACUACAGUUCACCUGCUGAAGGAUAUACCUAGAAGGUACUACUUUGUUUUGGAGGAAGGCAGAGCCCUUGCACCUUUCACAAUAACAGUGACCCCCUGUGACGUUCCCAUCGAAUGGAGCAUACUUGUGCACAAAGCUUCCGCAAGUUUCCUUGGAAAAGCAGCACGAGGCGAUCAUGAUACACAAGAGGUCUCAAAAUCUCAGAAGGCUUCAAGCAUGGUGUCCACCAUUUUUAACUACAAGGGAAAUUCUGUAGAGACUUACAUGGGUAUGUCUUCUCAUUCUGCCCUUUACAUGCUAGAGUUCUUAUCCACUGAGCGAGACACACACAUUACUGUGUACUUAACAACUGACACAACAUCCGGGCACCUCUAUCCAGAGCUUCCAAUGGACCCACGCAUAGAUGUUAUCGGCAUUGGGCAUACAACAGUGACUCUGACCUGGAAACAUAGUCCCUCUGUCUUGCAACAUAGGGAAAACAUCCAGUACUGUCUUCUAGUGAAUGAAAAGCACAACUAUAAGAGCUUAUGUGCUGCUGAGACAGCAAUCAGAUCCUCUGGAAUGAAACUGCCACCUACAUUAGCUUUGUCUCUCUCCCCGUACCUUCUUGAACCGCAACAGGUGAUGAUAUUGUCCAACAGUGAAUUGAGCAUCAUCAACAGAGUGAGCAGUGGGGAAGUCAGGCAGAUAUGCAUGGGUACCAAGAACACUUACACAGUGCCCAAUCUCAGUCCCAGCACUCAGUAUUAUUUUGAUGUUUUUGUUGUCAAUCUCCUCACAAACGCCAGCGCUGCUUACACCGGCACAUUUGCAAGAACCCUGGAAGAACCUGAACCUAAGGUGAUGGAGCUGAAAGAUGGGAAAGUGAUUCAGGUUGUCCUGGAUGGGAAAAAACAGAAAUUCUACAGUCUGCAGUACCAGGCAAGGCACAAGAAAAUACAAUUCACCUUUCAGUUGUGUCGUGGCCAAGUACGGGUUCACAUAACAAAAAAUGGUAAAACAGUGGCAUCAGAAAACGUCUCAGGGCUGAGGUAUUUCUCACUGAAGGGAAAGCUGCUGGACACAUAUUUGGUGCAGCUGAGGUCCACAGAAGAGACUAACUCUUCUGUGAAAGUACAGGUGUCCCCCCAUUUCCACAAGCCCUUAUUCCCUCUUCUUCCAGAGAGCUUAAAAAUUAAGUCCUUCAGUAAGCUGAGGACCUGCAACUCUGUCACCAUUGCCUGGCUAGGAACGCAAGAGGAGAGCAAGUACUGUGUGUACAAGAAAAAGAUUGAAGAAGAUCAGGUCUGGAUGGAACUGCGGAGUGCGGACAGGUGCUCUGGACCUGAAUCCCGGCACAAGUCAGAGAAAGUGCUGUGCAAGUAUUUCUAUGAUAUAAAUCUCCAGCGAGCCGUCACCACAGAGACCAUCAAAGGGUUGGAUGCAGGGACACUUUACUUGUUUGAUGUUUAUCUCUUCGGGCCAUCUGGCAUCCCUGUCAGAUAUCACAGCAAAGUUGUGAAAACCAGAAAAAGAUGUUGAAGGUUUUUAAAGAAAUGUUUUGAAGUGAGUGAAGGAAGACUUACCAAAAUCUAUGCCAAUCUAUGCCAUAGCCUGUGCAAUUUAAAAUAUGCCGACUCACAAAAAAAUUAUGGAGGAAACAUCCUAGUUGUCUAGAUCGUUAUGCUUAUUUUUGCAUCUUCUCUCCUGCAUUAUCAUCUAAUUUUUCCCUCAGCUGCCUCACUCAGACAUCAAAAACAGACUUGUGAAACAAAUCCAUGCACGUGGAAAUAAACCACCCACAACAGCACCCAUGAGAAAGAGAUUGGUUACCUAAAAUGCUUCUGAAAUCCAAUACCGCAGUGAUUGGAAAUGCCUCUCAAGAAGUACACAUCAUUAUUUUAAAGUCCCAGAGAGUCUUCCACUUUGUGUAACUCCAUCAGAUGACAAGGAACUGAGAGACCCCACAAGUAAAGCUGCUCUUGAGAAACUGAACCUCCCCACUGCUUGAACAGGAAUGGAGACAAAAGGAAAUUUAAAAAAAAAAAAAAAGCAGUGGAACUGGUGUAAAGCUCCACACCUUGAGUAAAGCAGGCUGAAAUACAUCUUCCCUUAUUACCUGCAUGUUCACUUGGCUUUUAUUUCUAUAGAGAAACUGUGCUUGGUUAGAAACAGACAAAAUUCAGGCCAGGAACUGGCUCUGGAUCCAGCUUUUCUGGGGAGUACACAAAUACAUCGCUGAGCUGCUAGCCAAUGAGGAAAGCAGCAAGUAAGGAAACAUUGCUGUGGAAAGGAGGUUUUUAUCUCUAGUCACUGAUAUCAAGCCCAUGUCUAUCACUGUGUGACUCCUGAGUGUAAUAUGCUCACUCUUUACACC